CUUCAUUCAGAAACAAGGGAAGAAGGCUGAUCACAGUUCCAAGAAUGGAAAACUCAAGUAUCAGCACUAUGGAUUUAUCUAAUUCUUCCUUGUGGAACUUUGGGGACAACUUCACAGAAAGCUCUCAUCUGGAGAUUGCUACCACUGACAUUACAGGGGAUGAAAGGACAGAACCCAACAGCAUGGCCGUGAUGCUUCAGAGAGCUUUACCUGAACAGUUAGCCAGUUCUGCUCCUUUUUGGGAUAGCCCAUUGAACCAUUUCCUGAGUGUGUUUGUCGGGGUGGCUCUCUGUGUCACCAUGCUGGGUCUGGGCUGUACAGUGGAGGUCAGUCAGAUAGGGGAACAUCUCAGGAGACCCAUUGGAGUUCUACUGGCACUCAUAUGUCAGUUUGUCCUCAUGCCUCUGGUGGCUUUCCUGUUGGCUCUGAUCUUUUCUCUCAAUGAAGUUGCUGCUAUUGCUGUACUGCUGUGUGGCUGCUGUCCUGGCGGAAACCUCUCCAACAUCAUGUCACUUCUGGUAAAUGGAGAUAUGAAUCUCAGCAUCUCUCUCUCUCUCUCUCUC